AUGGAGCCACUCCUCUCUCUAAGAGAUUUGGAGAUUGCUUCCAACGCAAAAAUUUACUUGGAGACUUACUUCAACAAAAUGCUAGCAUCGCCAUCUCCACGAUCGCUACGGAGAAGAGCCGCUGAGAGAUUGAUCAAGGAAUUGGGUUUAGGGUCCACAGAAGCAGCGAGGUGCUGGGACGACUGGAGAGCAAAGGAAACGGAAUAUCUUCGGCGGUGUCGGACGAGGCUGCAGAUAAGAGACUUUAACGUCUUGAAAAUAAUCGGAAAGGGUUCUUUCGGUUGUGUCAAGCUUGCCCGUAUGGAAAACAGGAAAGGCGGUGUUUUCGCCGUCAAGAUUAUACAAAAGGGGGUUCAGCUGAAAAACGGACAGGAGGCCCAUCUUCGUGCCGAGAGGGAUUUGCUCGUUGCUGGUGAAGGGAGUAGGUGGAUUGUGCCCCUGAUAGCAAGUUUUCAAGAUGAUGAGAAUCUAUACCUUGCUAUGGAAUAUAUGAUUGGUGGAGACUUUCUUGGAUUCUUGAUUGAGAAGGGGGUGCUGAGUGAGGAGAUCGCAAGGUUUUAUGUUGCCGAAAUGGUGCUUUGUAUCGAAGAGGUGCAUAAGCUUUCCUUUAUUCAUCGGGAUGUGAAACCUGAAGACAAUUUCUGUAUAACAGCGUCAGGGCAUUUGAAAAUCUGUGAUUUUGGUUUAGCCUUUUCGGGGCAUUGGGCACAUGAUAGUGCUUAUUUCGAGGAACAGAGAUGGGGGUUGGUCAAGAAAACACAGGUCAGUGUCGGUGGGGACACAAUUGAUAAAAGAACAGGAAACGCGUUGGCUGGAGUAUUGAGUACCAAAGUGUCAACCAUCCCUCACGGGGAAAGAGUUCUUAGUUGGAGGAAUAAGAGUGGGAGGAGGAGAAUGGCGAGGAGCGUCGUUGGAACUUAUCAGUACAUGGCUCCGGAGGUCGUCAGAGAACAAGCGUAUGAUGCCAGAUGUGACUGGUGGAGUCUUGGGGUGAUAACAUAUGAGAUCCUAUUUGGAUACACGCCAUUCGACGCUGAGAGUAGAGAGGAGUCUAGAAUCAAAGUGUUGAAUUGGAGUGAACAUUUAGCACUUGACCCAACUGCCCACCUGUCCCAGCAGAUGGAAUCCCUAAUCCGCUCCCUCAUAUGCGAGAAAGAGGCCCGCCUCGGAUCCACAGCCUAUCGCGUCAACGACGCAAGUGACCACCUAUCCAACUACGUCUACUCAAACGGCGCGGAAGAGAUUAGGGCACAUCCCUUUUUUGCCACGGUAAACUGGAGAACAUUGCAUAUGCAGAUACCCCCGUUCGUACCUAACGGGCUACUCGAUGAUACGGACACCAAGUACUUUACCGAAAGUUUCAGCAGCAGGAACGUUAGUGGUGAGUCCUCAGUCGAAUCGGAGGUCUUGCAGGUUCGCGCGAAGGAUAUGUUACUCCGGGAUAAAGAGUACGGGGAGGAGAUAUUAGAGGCCAGGAAGAAAGGGGCCUUCCUUGGAUAUACUUAUGUGAGACCCGGCGAUGCGGGGGCUGCGAAGGGUUUGUUUGCGCACUAG